AUGCAUCCUAAUAGCAACUGGCUAGGUAACCAGCCACAGCCAGAUGGGUUAACUGCAUCUAUGCCACCUGUGACAAGCCCAGCAGGUAUGAGCAACCAGUACACUGCUGAAUACACCACAUUGACACCUGCCACGUAUGCACCUGUGGGAUUUCCAUCCAUAUCACCCUCAUCCAGCCCUUCCCCAUCAUCUCAUAUUCUAUCACCAUCUCAGCACUCACUGGGGCCAGAUAUGUAUAAGCCAAAACUUCUUACUGCUAGUCCAUUGCUUGAGGCUCCAGGGCCUCUGAAGCCUCAAAGAGCCUCAUCAUAUGGGAAUUCCGGACGUCCAUCAUGUGACUGCCCAAAUUGCCAGGAACUAGAGAGAUUAGGAGCUUCUGCAGCAGGGCUGAAGAGAAAACCUGUACAUAGCUGUCAUAUUCCAGGCUGUGGUAAGGUCUAUGGCAAAGCAUCUCAUCUUAAGGCUCACCUUCGUUGGCAUACAGGAGAGAGGCCCUUUGUCUGCAACUGGCUAUUCUGUGGAAAGCGCUUUACACGCAGUGAUGAGCUUGAGCGACAUGUGCGCACCCACACUCGUGAGAAAAAAUUUACAUGUCCUCUCUGUGCAAAAAGAUUUACACGCAGUGAUCACCUAAGCAAGCACCAGCGGAGUCAUGCUGAGCAAAAUGGGACAAAGGAGGGUGGUGUUCAGGGUGAUGGUGGUGGAGGAGCUGUAGAAGGCACAGGAGAAGAUGGGCCAGGGGCAACAGAAGGAUCCCCUGUUGGCACUAGCCAAGACAGAUCAUCUAGUAGUCCUGGACAAGGUUUGUUGGAAAUAUGA